AUGUACCCACCCCCAAAGAAUGGUGCCCUGGUUUGCAAUCGUGUGGGAAGUGACAUAUCGUGUUCAGUUACAUGCAAAGAUGGAUAUGAAUUUGUGUUCCCUCCCUCGUUCGUUUACUAUUGCUUGGGUAAAGACUGGAGGUUUUUUAACAUCGUCCCGAGUAUUACGCCUCUGACCACCCAAAUGCCAUGGCCCGAUUGUGGAAGUAGGUAGUCAUAUUAUAAUUAUUGUUGUUGUUGUUAUUAUUGUUAUUGUUAUUGUUAUUGUUAUUGUUAUUGUUAUUAUUAUUAUUAUUAUUAUUAUUAUCAUUAUUAUUAUUAUUAUUAUUAUUAUCAUUAUUAUUAUUGUGAAAGGUUUGAACCCAGGAGUCAUUUCAAAAGGUUGAGUUUGAUCGUCCGGGUGAACGAAGUCCUGAAUAGGACUAUUGUUGUUGACAGUGACUGACGUUUCGACAGCAUGUGUGGUAGUCAUCUUCAGAGUCAAAGUGAGUUGUAUCACGUCAGUUGAUGGUAUUAUACUCUGGUUAUUGAUCUGAUUGGUCAAUUAUGUCGCGAUGUUAUUGGUCGUCUGUCAGUUAAGCCGUGAUGUUAUUGGCUAUGAAGACUCGUAAUCAGUGAUUGGUGCGUUUCGAUCCGUCCAUUGUCACAGUUAAACAGUCGUCUAUUGUUAGUCAAAUUGUCAGUUCUCAGUUGUUCUCUCGUAGUUAGUUUUGCUUGAUCUCGUCAAUAAGUCGUUUGUACGGCGCUGGUAACUGUUGGCUACGAUUCAGUGGCGUUUGUUCUAAGUUAGUAAACCAGCUUUAUAAAGUAAGACGUUGAUAGUAGUCUGUAGAAUACGUUAUACAUGUCGCAGAGUCCCAGUCAAUUUGAUGUUUCGUCUUUAAAUGGUGCUCAGCAAUGUGAUUGUUGACGUCACCAUUCCUCGUCGCGCGUUUGUGUUCGGUCAGUCGCGUGCUUAGUUUUCUGCCGGUUUCACCAAUGUAAGAAGCCUGGCAGUCGCAGCAUUUGAUCUUGUAUACUGCUCCCUGUCUGUCCUUCGGUUUGUCUUUGUCCUUGACAUUAGUAAGCAGUCGCCGUAAAGUGGUUAUCGGUUUGUGCGCAACACGUAUAUUGUAAGGUUGUAAUAUACGUGCAAUAGUUUCAGAGGUGCCUCUGAUGUACGGUAUAGUCGCUGUCGUAACAGAGCCAGAGUUGGUCUGAGAGUUGGAAUCAGUGUUACUGUGAGUGUUCCGUCUAACAAAGUCUGUGUUGUAAUUUUUCUUAGUAAAAACGUUGUUAAGAUAAUCAGUCUCGUUUUGUAGGCUGUCAGGUGAGUCGCAAACUAUCCUUACUCUGACGAGACGAGCGCAACUAGUUUGCGACUCACCUGACAGCCUACAAGACGAGACUGUUUAUCUUAACAACGUUUUUAGUAAGAACAAUUACAACACGGACUUUGUUAGAUCAAGCAAAACUAACUACGAGAGAACAACUAAGAACUGACAAUUUGACUAACAAUAGACGACUGUUUAACUGUGACCAUAGACGGAUCGAAACGCACCAAUCACUGAUUACGAGUCUUCAUAGCCAAUAACAUCACGGCUUAACUGACAGACGACCAAUAACAUCGCGACAUAAUUGACCAAUCAGAUCAAUAACCAGAGUAUAAUACCAUCAACUGACGUGAUACAACUCACUUUGACUCUGAAGAUGACUACCGCACAGGUUGUCGAAACGUCAGUCACUGUCAACAACAACAGUCCUAUUCAGGACUACGUUCACCCGGACGAUCAAACUCAACCUUUUUAUCAUUAUUAUUAUUACAGACUUUAAGCUUCACGUAUACGGCAAACGGAAACCAGCAAACGUCAUAUUCAAGUUGAGAUUUUCUCAAAAUAGAGAGUUAGCAGCUAAAAACAGCUCAAAACAAUUCUUUUGGAUAAAAACUUGCGUGAAACUACUAAUUUAUGAGUGGAGUUAAUGAACAGUAAACGACUAGUAAUUGGGAAACUUGGUCACGUGGUACACAUUCGCCUUUUCCGUUUGACGUAAACGUGACGCUAAACCUCUCUUUUAUUAUUAUUAUUGUUAUUAUUAUUAUUAUUAUUAUCAUUAUUAUUUAUUAAUUUAUUGAUUUUUAAAGUUUUUAACGAAUAGUUCACAAAACGCCUCAUCUUUCUUCAUUGCCUACACCUAGUUGCUCCGAAGAUCAGGAGUCUAUUAUGGGCUCCUUGUAAUCUAGCUAUUUAUAAUGCAUAGAGAUAAAGUCAAGCUUCAAACUAUUCGAGUUCUUGAAAAAUAACUCCAUAACAACAACUUACAGUUAAAAAUGAUUAACAAAUGUAAUUCAAAAAAGUGAGAUAUGUUAAUUAUACUUAAUUCUAUUCUUGGAAUUGAAUACCGAUAAAUGCUUCUCUGGUAAUGAAUCUAUUAAUGUGACGUUGCAGAUGUGCUAAAUUGUGAUGAAUUCAAAAGCCAGAUAAUAGAUGUUUCUUUUUCAUGAAAUGAACAGCAACCUCACAUAGUAAUCUUCUUUGCAGUCAUAGCCGACUUUCUGGUUGUGGAAUCUGAUCUUGUUGAAAAACGCUUUUAUAGGUCCAGGUCGAAUAUUUCAUGAAACGAAUCAAACUCUAAUUUGGGUCGACCUAAAUUAAGUUAAGAUCGUCUUGGGUCAGACGUCGAACUAAGGACGCGUCGAAGCAAUCAACUGAAUCAGACCCUGAGGCAAUUUUCACGGUUUUCUCCAGAACUAAGCUAAAUAUAUAUUAUCAUACGAUUUUUUAAUUUUUCAGUUUAUUCCUUCGCAUGUGAAGAUCGACGUUUGCCUCGGAGACGAUCUCCAGACGUUCCAAUAUCUGUCUGAGAACGUAUCAGGGGAGCAUCCAAACUCAUUCAGAUAAACUUUGAAUUACUAAGCCGGCAGACGUCGAACUUUUAAGGAACCCAACUCACCAAGUUUGAUUCGUCUCAUGAGAAAGGUCCACGUUCUGCUUCGGCCUUGGUCAGGUUAUAAGCCCUCCAAAAACCACUUUCUAAUAAGUUGUAUAAGCUCAGAGCUUCCUUAUAAGCAGAAAUUUACGGUAUAUCAAAUGUUAAUUUACUCUGGAAGAAAAUGUUGGUUUUGGGGACGUUAUCCUUUAUCCCUUUUAGAUUGCUUCCUUUUUAGUGAUACCGGCAAAGAUUUUGGGAACGAGUUUGUAAUUCUCCUCUUUCUACUUAACUGCAGAACGGCCUUCAAUCCAGUUAUCUGAAGACCUUUUACCUCUUUUCGCUGGUAAAAAGCAUAGUUACAGCUGCGCUGUCGAGGGAUGGCCUCUACCAGAAGUUAGGUGGCUUAAGAAUGGUCAAAAAUUGCACAAUGAUACGAUUAACCAUAAAAUCAUUGUAGAGAGAACGAUAGUAGGAGAGGAGCUUAUAGAUGUGACCUUACAUAUUCUUGAUGUGGACAUAGGGGAUUCUGGAAAUUACACCUGUGAAGCUAUGAACAACAUCACAACUGAGAACCGCAGCAUCAUCGUCUCUGUUAUCUGUAAGACGUUGUAGGUAGUUACAGUUGGUAGAGUAAGACAAACAUUUUUUUCGUUAAAUGACAGUAUUCACACGAUCCCUGCGAUCUUUGCACGCGCUUUAGGAUUGAUGGGAUAACUCAAGGCAAUUUCAUGUGUCACGUUGUAUUCCAAGGCGUAAACAAAAAAAAAAAAAACUUGCCAAUAUGAGUAAUCGCUGUCGAGUUUCUUUAUUUUCUCAAACGGAACGACGAUUUAAAGUGAUGCAAAAUGUACGGUUUGAGUUUCUACAAGUUUUACGCUCACAGCAACCAUGAAAAGUAAAAAUAAUCACUUCCAUCCAUACCACAGGCAGCCCAAACUCUGUGGGAGUUCGUUGGACUUUGAAUUUAUAAGGGAAUGUUUGAAAAUAAACAAAAUACGUCCUAAAUUCCAAUUUUGGACAAAAAUAGAAAUAAAAAUGACUUACCUUGUGUUUGUGUUUUACUGUCUCUUCGCCUCUAGAGCCAUUUGGAAGCCGUUUUAUCGACGUUUAAGAUUUUGAGUUGUACUAAUGGUAAAAAAACUGGAAAGGCUGGGGACUCUGAAGCCGACCGUUCCAGCUCGAAGCUCCAUAAAUCCCAUAAAAAUGGUCACCGUGCUACUCGCGAUGACACUCGCGAUGCACUGUGCCCGCCCCUGGACCGAGGCAAAUUAUGGCUGUGACGUAAGCUUUGAGCGAACGUUAAUUACGUCACGUCCAAGAGCCCGGUCAUACGCAUCCCGAGAAAGAAAACUCUGAUGGAAAAAGUUUAAAAUUAAGCGCUUCGUUAGCGGUUGUGAUGAAAUCUGAACUCCAGAAGCAUAGAAGGGAAAGACAAAUUAUCGACAGAUCCUUUGACGGCAAUUUUGGCGUAGUUUGGACCAUUUUUAUGGGAUUUAUGGAGCUUCGAGUUGGAACGGUCGGCUUCAGAGUCCCCAUGCAGCCUUCCCAUUUUUCUUGCUGUUAGUACAACUCAAAAUCUUCAACGUCGAUUAAACGGCUCUAGAGGCAAAGAGACGGUAAGUGACAAAACACAAACACAAGGUAAGUCAUUUUUAUUUCUAUUUUUGUCCAAAAUUGGAAAUUAGGACGUAUUUUGUUUAUUUUCAUACAUUUUUCUCUUAUAAAUUCAAAGUCCAACGAACUCCCACAGAGUUUGGGCUGCCCUGUCCAUUUUCCAUUUUUGUCUUUAACAUAAGAAGCCGUUCAUUUUCUGUUGUCUAGAAUAAACAUGACCGCGAAUUCUUGCAUUGGCAUUCAGAUUUUAUCACAUUGCUCUUUUUCCAUCAUUCCUGGGGAAAGAUGGCGGGUAUCGUAAAUAAUCAAUCAAUGGUUGAGAAAGCACCAAGCGAAGCUAGCCGGGCGAGAACAUGCAAUCGACCAGCGACGCGAAGAGAAGCCCAUGUCACUUAGAAUCAAGUCGCUGAUUUAUAGAAAAAAAGGAUAUUAGAUACAAGCCUAUUCAGAUAACAUUUAAAUUCAAAGCAGCUAACUAGAGAAAGAAAACUGUCAUUCUCAUUAUCAGAUCCGCAAUCCUUUGACGACGCUAUGGUCAGGAUCAAUCCGGGGCGCCGCCAAAAGGAUUGCGUAUCAGCGAAAGUGAAUCACGGUAAUAUUAUUAGAGAAGCCGAUAAGGGAACGGCUUGUGUCGCUGACAGUCAGGUCUUUUGAUGUUAAACCGUUGGUACUUAUUUCUUACUUCUUCACAACAGGCCCACCAGCACUACCUGAACUAAAGGAAUCUCCUCCUGAUAUGGGA